GCAGCAGCAACGCUGGAGGAGCUGGUCAGGAACUAACUGGACCAGGAGGAGCAGAGCGGACUGAAAGAAGCAAUCUACAAACUUUUACAACUGUGCUCUCUCUCUUUGAACCAGUUUAACAUCACCUCUGACUUCUACCGACUAUGAAACUAACGGCUCCGUCUCCCUACCGAGUGAGUCGGUGAUGAAGUGGAGGAAACUGACCGAAGGAAGGAAGGAAAAGUUGUGAGAGGAAAGGAAAAAACUUUCUGGAGUGAUGAAUCCCUCCCUCCAAAGUUCAGCUAAGACUUUCUGCAGUUUGGAGCCUACUAUCAUCAUUGUUCAUCACAUCAACAUCCAGAGGGGCCUGCAUCUUGGAUUAAGUGGAGUGCUAUAAUGAAGGUGACGGUGACAUUUGGGCAGACAGGUGUGGUGGUGCCCUGCAAGGAAGGAUGGACGGUGAGGGACCUCAUCCAGCAAGCCACGCAGAGAUACAGAAAACUCCUGGAACAGGAAGGAGAUUUCCUGGUUCGGACUCACCAUGUUGAAUACUGUGACGGGGGGAUUCUGGACCCCGAUGAUAUACUCAGUGAUCUGGUAGAAGACAAGGACAAGCUGAUGGCGGUGUAUGAGGAGCAGGAAGCCCAGCAGAGGGGCGUGGCGAACACGAGGCUAGCCCCGAGCCCUGACCUCUACCAAUCCGAGCUCGCCGUCUUCCAGCCGAUCGCAGGGGGAGAGAUUGAAGUCAAUUCCUCGGCCCUCAAGUCCAACACCCCCCUGUUGGUGAGAAGCAGCAGUGACUCAGCCCUCAGCCCCCAGCCGACAGAGACCGAACCCUCCCUCAAUGAGGACACCGCCGGGAUGGCAGCCAGUCCCGCUGUGGAGAGGCCAGCAGGGGUAGACCGACCCCAAGGCAAACACACCUUCAAUGGCAGCCUGACUAGAACAGUGGAGAUCCUGGGAGAGGACAGUCCUCUGGGAAUCCACGUGGUUCCUUACAGCUCAUCACUCAGCGGACGGUCUCUCGGCCUCUACAUCCGUGGAGUGGAGGAGGAGAGUCGCUCAAGAAAGGAGGGCUUGUUUGAAGAGGACGAGUGCAUCGUCAUGAUCAACAACACCGACCUCAUGGACAAGACAUUCAGCCAAGCCCAGGAAGUGUUCCGUCAGGCAAUGCGCUCCCCAGUUGUCCGCUUGGAAGUAGUUCCCUCCUCCAACAGAGAGCGCUUUGAGAAGAGUCUGAUCGGUCAGCUGUUUGUCAACAGUGCCGGUCCCGACAGCAGCCCCCGAAUUGCCAAAACCAAAGAGCCACCUCCACCUGUCAAAGCCAAACCCGUGUUUAAGCCCUCUGAGAAUCCAGCCUUGCGAUUGGCAGAGGAAGCUGCCGCUAUGGAAGCUGCUGUCAGUACACCCAAAGGGAGGAGUGAGAGCCCCCUCCUUAAGAAAAGUCCCGCCCUCUCCAGCUUGGUGACCAAUAAGAGAGGAGGACGGAGACUGAGGAUCGAUCUAAAGAAAGGUUCAGAAGGUCUGGGUUUUACUGUAGUAACCAGAGAUUCUUCAGUCCACGGCCACGGUCCGAUUCUAGUCAAAAACAUUCUGGCACGUGGAGCCGCUGUCAAGGAUGGACGCCUGCAGUCUGGAGACCGCAUACUUGAGGUCAAUGGUGUGGACAUCACAGGUGUGGGCCAAGAGGAGUUGGUGUGUAUGCUGCGCAGCACGCGACAGGGAGAGAGUGUGUGUCUCGUGGUCCUACGGCAGGAAGACAUGUUCCUGCCCCGAGAGAUGAAGGACGAGUUGUACCGUGUGACGGGCUUUGUCCCGGAGAAUGGGAAGGAGCAGCUCAUGUACGAGGUGCCGCUUAAUGACACCGGCUCGGCGGGCCUGGGCAUCAGCCUCAAAGGAAACAAGUCCAGGGAGACGGGCGAGGACCUGGGCAUCUUCAUCAAAUCCAUUAUACAUGGAGGGGCAGCAUACAAGGAUGGGCGUCUACGUGUCAACGAUCAGAUGGUCGCAGUAAACGGAGAGUCUCUGCUGGGGCGCUCUAAUCACGUGGCCAUGGAGACGCUGCGCCGCUCUAUGUCACAGGAGGGAAACGUCAGAGGGACGAUCCAACUGGUGGUGAUGAGGACUCUGAAGGAUCAACAUGGGGCGUCACCUAAUCGCUCAUUUGACAGCUCCUCCGGCCUGUCGGGUCCGGUGGGUCCAGUGAACGGUCAGACUAACGGCUCCGUUCACUCUCCCAUGGUGAACAACACUCUCUAUGCUUCUAAUGUGACCAAUGGGAGUUAUUCUUACAUGGACGAGGAUGAGGAGGCGGAGCUGUAUGGACAUGAAGCAGAGUUCAGCAGCUCGACCCAACACUCCUAUCUACAGGAAAGGGAAAACUGUCACACGGCUCAGCCCCAGUGUCCCGCCCAGAACCAGAACCAGCGGCAGUUCCAGCACGUUAAAGCCUCGAAGAGCAUGGACCUGGGUACGACUCAGAACCAGCAACACACUGUGGCAGACGAGAGCAACGUCGGGUCCCUGGUUGGAAACACUGCAGCUCCGUCACCUCUUGUGGAACUGGGCCCGACCCUCGGCUUGAAGAAGUCCAGCUCCCUGGAGAGUCUCCAGACAGCCAUGUCGGAGGUCAACAGGAAAAACGAACUCCUCCCCUUCCAUCGACCUCGCCCAAAUAUGGUCAGAGGAAGAGGCUGCAACGAGAGCUUCCGAGCAGCUAUUGAUAAAUCCUACGAUGGGCCACCUGAGGAUGAUGAUGAUGAUGGUUCGGAGGCGAGUUCAGGCCGGGACACCCCUGCGAGUAGUUCAUCCCGCCAGGGAGCGGGGGACCGGAUAGAGGAGAAAGGCAAAAAAGACAAGAAAAAGAAACCGAAAACAAAGAAGAAGGAGAAGAACAAAGGGAAAGGGAAGGAGAAAGAGAAAAAGAAAACAGAGGAGCCCGAGGAGAUGGAAAAGAAGAGCAAGAAAAUAGGCUUUGGCCUGCUGAGAUUCGGGAAGAAAAAAGAGGAGAAGAAGGAGGCAAAAGCAGCUCUGCAGCGACAGAAAUCAGACCUACUGAGUGAUCAUGAGUUCGAGAGGAUGAAAGACGAGAGGGAAAGGAUCGAGGCAGGGCAUCCUGAGCUGCGAGAUCACCGGCCCAGAGACCAGCAAGGUGGAGGCGGCGGCGGCGGGUCGGCGUAUCCAGAUGUCGAGGAUGACGACACAGACCCCAACUAUGCCAGAAUACAAUCCUUCAGGGACCGAGACAUGGGUUCAAUGCCGCAGCCGCAGCCGCAGCCGCAGCCGCCGCCUCAGUCGCCUCCAUACAGUACAAUUCAGCACGCCCCUUCCCCUCAAGGCCCUUCUGCCUUCCCAGGGCACGGGAAUCAUGGUAGCGACCCCGGAGCCAUCCCAGACGAGGACCCCCUUGAUAGGCUGUACGCCAAAGUCAAUAAACCAAGGGGAGCUGGAACUACAUCGCCUCCUAUCUCUGCUACCGCCAAUGACAGUGUGGACAGGAUCCAGCAGCUGAGAAGAGAAUACCAGCAGGCCAGGAGGGAAGGAAUUGUGCCGCCUUAUGAAGAGCUGGACCCACGACGCAGAGGACAUGAAAACGACGCACACAGGAUGCCGGGCAGAGCGACGGAUCAUCGGUUGGCUCCACGUUAUGAAGAGGUGGAACGUCAGUACGCCUCCUUACCAAGACGAGGUCCUUUGGAUCCAGCUGACUACCCCAUGCAGCCCUGGGCAGGUCAUUACCCCGGACCUCCCCAGGUCCCACAGGGAUACCCUCAGUCCCCGUCCUACCCUAACCCUAACUCCCAGUCUGCCCCGUCCUACCCGAACCCCAACUCCCAGUCUGCCCCGUCCUACCCUAACCCAAACUCCCAGUCAGCCCCGUCCUACCCGAACCCCAACUCCCAAUCUGCCCCGUCCUAUCCUAACCCCAACUCCCAGUCUGCCCCGUCCUACUCCGGCUACCCACCUGGUCAGCCAUAUGCACGGCCAGUUGACCCUCGGGGCGUCGACCCUGGGUACUACCCCCACCCAAGCUCCCAGCAGAGAGGCCCAUUGCGGCAGGAUGUCCCCCCGUCUCCUACCCCUCCACUUCGUGGACUACGGUACGACACUAUGACGCGUUCAACCGCGGGUGGAGGUUACAGGUAGGGGCCAUGUGUGGAUGGAGAUGAUCCCAGGCACCUAGUGGAUCCCAGUCCAGACCAGUAUGUUUAUACUGGGGAGGGAGGAAGACAGCAACACCAAACCAACCCAAGACAGAAGAAUGCCAUGACUGCAGCUGUGUAGACGAAUCACGUCCAGAGAUGAAAAUGAGCAGAACGCUAACUGCUUUGUGUUGUGCAGCUCUUCUGCUUACGGUACUCCAAUGAAACACAGUUGGAACCUCUUAAUGGUGUGAUUUGAAUCACCAUCAUUAUCAAACACCGUCUACGCUGUUUGAAGUAUAUGGUAAUACACAGACAAGCAAGGUAAAGGAGGUUAAUUAUAGAGUGGCCGGCGUGAUGCAUAAUGUCUUGUUGUUUGAAGUUAUUUAAAUUGCUUUGAGUCUUCCCGCAGUAUAAAAUUAGCAGGGUUUUUACUUUUCACUAUACUCUGAUUGAGUCGCCUCUUUCAGGAAUCAGUCAGAGCCACAGAGGUAAUUGGAUCCAUUUAAAUUAAGACAUGCAUGCAGCUCAACACACUCUCUUAUUGUACCUGGUGGUUUCACUGCUGCCGCUCCACGAACAAGACAAAAGAUAUUCUACUAUAUAACAUGUAACAUGUUAACCUGGUGGCCAUUCACAGAAUUAAAUGACAUCCUUUAGUGUUAGUAAUUUUGUGCGAUAAAGCCAAAUUUAUUCUUGAGACUGAAGCAAUUUGUGUUUACAAAGAAGUGAUCGUUUAGCCGCCCACAUGUGAUCAGCGGUACAAUGACUAGGCGGAAGUGCUGCCCUUGGCGUGGCAUACUGCCUUACUGCUCGCUGCGCUCAAAGAUCAAAUAAAUUCAACUUUGACCUCGUUUGCCGCUGACCUUUCAAAGCGCAACCAAUGAGAUAACAGCUGCAACUGUUAGUUGUUGCCUAGAAACAGUGAAUGGCGUCCACUUCUUGAUGACAUAUUAUACCUGUGUUGCGCUUUGCCUCUGCAAGAUUCUGCGCCCUGCCUCGCGGUGAGCGAAGAGCAAAUUUCUUGUCAUGUGAAAUUAGCUUAAAGCUUUUAGUUUCUUCUUGAGGGUGAGUUGAGAUGUUGAAGAUGGUGGAAAAUGUUUCUGCAUUCCACAACUGUGUGAAUAGCAACAAAUUAGUCGGAAGAUAUCAUUCUUUACUCUGUUAGUAACAAACAAAAAAAAUCCAUUAUAUCCAUCCAUGCAAGAUUAACAAUCAAUAAUCUACAUUAUUAAAUGAAGUACAUUUUGAGACCUAUUAUCUCAGUUUGCCAAACAGGGAGAACGCCACUAUACCAAUCUUUACGAAAGUAUGUUGUACUUGAGACUAGUCUGAUGUAUCACAUACAGUAUUGUUUAGUCAAUGGAUUAUGGAAGCAUUUGAAUAAUUGAAGUGCUCUAAAGCAUAGUAGAGCACUGUAUGAAUUAUCUUUACAUGUAAUAAUCUGUUUUUAAUAAUGCUAUGACUGCCUUUCAUUUUUAUCCUAAAUAUUUCUCUUAGUAGAGAUGAAUUUAAAUAAAUAUUUUUAGUACAGGUAUAAUCCGAGUCUGAAACCACACCUGGCUGUUGGUUCACAGCAUUUAUGAAUGACCCAGUUCCUGCUUUAAAAUGAUCCCAGGAACAUUUCAAACCACUUUGCAGAAGUAUUGAAUCUCAAAUUUACAUUAAUUUAUAUUCAUUUCAGGCCAUAUCACCAUUACUAGACUUACGUUUGUCUUUGAAUAGUUAUUUAAAGUGACCUCUACUUGAAUGUAUGGAAACUUCACAGUAAUCAGUACUUAAUCCAUGGCACAACCUGUGUUUAUUGAAUCAGUCCAGUGUGAUUGGAGUUUUUGCUCACUAUUUGGUUUUUCAUCAGACAUCCAAUUCAGAGAUAAUCAAAUGCUUUAAACGAAAAGCUGACAACCACAUUUUUUCAAACUUUCAUCAGAGCGCUAAUAUCAUCCUACGAACUUUGACAUUCUGGAAGAAGCUCCAAUAAGAACAAAACGACCAUUUUAUAAUGCUGUCAAAUUGCAACCCAGUCGAGGCAACACACACCAAAGCAUGAUUAUUCCAACGCUUCAUUUUAUAAUGUUACAGCUUUUUAUUGCUGCCUUGUUCUCUAAUGGGAGUAGAUCAAUUAUCGGGGGAAGAGCACAUAUGAAUGUGAAAUGUGAAAUAAGUCGGGGAAUGCAAGAAAUGAGCAAAAAAU